AUGUCGACGGACAGCACGAAGCUGUAUACCGACUGCGCCGUUCAAGCUGGAACCCCGCGCGUUCAUCAGGCCUUGCACAGCCCUACGCCAGACAACGGUUUUCGCGAUGAUUGCCAUAAAGGAUCUGACGCCGGCCAUGUUGGAACUCUGGGACAAGCGCCCGCGCAAACCUCCAACAAGUCUAUCGCAUCUCGCCAAAUCAAACCUCCACAACUUCCUGCACAACGACCGCCCCGUUCGUAUAUUCGUACGGAAAGGCUGGCGUCUAUGCCCGACGAUCGGCCUAUCGACCUGAUCAAGCGCUCUUCUCCUCGGGUCGUUUCCAUGCCUCAGCGUGUACGACCGACUGCUGCCUUCCCAUCCAGUCCGGUCUCGCGCGUCGUGGAUUAUGGAUGCUAUGACUAUUCUCGGUUAUCGUUAACACCUGAACGGCGUUCUUCUCGCGCUCGCGCUUCUACUCUGGGCUCUGAACGACCUUACACUCCGUCUCCUCCAUCGUCUCCUGAAUCUGUCUUGUUCAUCUCGGCCACCCCUCAGAUAGCGACAAACUUUCUAAGGAUCAAAUCUCCCAAGAACAAAGUACCUCGUACUGACAAAGAAGGGUGGAUCAGCUGGGCAGAUUCCCCGCCCAAGCCAAUUCCUGCACUCCAUGGCCCACUCUCGCUUCCUUACGCGCGUUGUCCAAGCGGAGCGGAAGGGACCGUGAUUGAAGAACAGGGAGACCUGCCCCGAAUCAUCUGGGGGCUUCACACAGAGGUGUUACCAGCUGACGUUUCUGACGCCCGCCCGACUGGUAAGGUAAGACUGACGGAAGAUCAUGGUCGUCAAGUGCAGAACACCAUUCUACGAGAAGCGCCACCCCAGCCUCCCGGCAUCCUGAGGCAGCUCUACCCUCGUUCUGAUUCCCAGGUCUUUGCUCAGGCUGGUCUUCCUGGUGCUGUCUUGCCUACCCGGGCUGAACCGGUAGCUGCUCGUGCACUGCCCAACGUCUCCUCUGGAAACCGUCGUAGCGACGUGCAUCUCCCUUCCAAUCCAGGCACGCAUCUACGGAACCAAUCCCCUACAAUCGAUCAGCCCUCUAUAUUUCCGAAUGAACAGUGUAUCGAUAUACAUCGCCAUUUGCCGAUCCAGGCUCCCGCAGAUGCCUCUCGUCAAGCGCAGAAAGAUUUCGACUUCAACAUGUAUCUGCGUCAUGCGGUCGAAUAUGAGCCGACCUCCAAGAAUAACGCGCCAUCUGGUGCUUUACCUCCUAUAGUUCUUGGUCCUCCAGUGGGACAGUCUGGUCAACCUCCGAGUCAUCUUCCGGUGCCAAUCGGCGACCAGCAUAGAAAGCUCCAGCCGGCGCGGCUGCCUCCAAGGAUGCUUCUGCCGACUCCGCCGAGCUCUACUUCACCUGUCUGGGCGUCGACCUUCUCCCCGUAUAUGGAACCAAUAGGAUUGUUAGGACCUGGCUACGCGAACGGCAGAUCCCCGACGGCUCGAUCGACCUGGUACUCUCCGCCUGUCGUCAGCAACGCAACUCGUCAACCGAAUCCUAUAAUUCAGAACGAGUUCCCGGAUCCCCGAGGUCUCAACUUUGCGCACCCUCACCUGAACGCGGUCCUCUACAGCACCGCUCGCGUUAACCAUGUCACUGAUCCCGCGAUUGUCCGCGCGGUUCCUAAGGUCGUAAACAACCCACUGUCGACACCUGGUGCUUCUCCUGUGCCUGGGUCUCCUUCAGCUGAACCUCUUCCGCCCGUCCCUGUAUCUUCGCCGAUGAUUGGAAUAAGAAAACGAAGCCUGACCUACCAAGCGCCUAAGUCUAUACCUCUGGCGAAGCUCGUCGAACGACGCCUAGCUUCUGUUCCGGAGCUUCCCGAGGACGUCGAGCGUGCGGCCAGCUCCGAGAGGGGCCCGGUCCGUCGAUUCGGGCUUGGCGGCGGCGAGAUGGGCAAGUACAAACCGUACUUUGCGUCGAAUGCUGCUGGUGACCAAGGCGACUUGUCGAAGAGGAUGACAUCUCCAAAAGCGUCCACGGUAGGUAUGUCACCAGGACCACGGCGGCCGUCUGGACCGAGCAUUGGCCUGAAGAUGGGGAGCUCGUUUUUGGACAGGCGAUCGCUGUCGAACUCGAGCGCUGUCUACUCUAAGCCGAAGGAUGCACAGCCGUCUGCGCCGUUGAGCUCCCCGUUCAAGCGUGCAGACAAUAAUACGCAGAGGGCUCCUGUCGUCGAUGAGGUCAGCAAACCUACGAAAGACCUUGCCCAGGUCUCCAAGGCGAACAAGAGAAAGACGCGAUGGAAGAAGAAGGUUGCGGCCACCAAAGCGGAACCUAUCCAAGCUACCGCGGAAGUCGCUUGA